CUGUAAAAACUACAGAAAUUUAAACAAUACUUUUACAAUAAUACAAGACAAUACAAGAAUGGAGGCACUAACGGACGAAGACAGAGCAAAAUUAUCGCGAACAGAGUUACGCAAGCAGAAACUUGCUGAAUACCUGGCUGCAAAAGGAAGAUUAAAACCACCCAAUCCCAGACCUUAUUUAAAGGACCCAGGAGCUGUGCAGAAAAUUCCUCUUCCAGGUAAAGGAAAGGAGAACUCAAUUUCAAGUUCUGUGGGCGUUAAAGAUGUUAAGGUGGGGAAAGCACUGGCAGAAAAGAACAAAAACUCUGCCAGUAUCACCACUUCAAAGUUAACAUCCCUGCCCAGAGCUUCUUCUACCCAUCUUCAGCGCCUACCACUCAAACCCGCCAUGCACCAACCUACCCAUCAGCAUCCAAGUUCAAGAGUACAACUGAAAGGAACAACCACUGUUAAAAAUGUUAAAGAGCAACAAACUAAACCAGUGUUCCAAACAAUCAUCAGGCCUCACAAACAAUCAAAGACUGUUAAGACAGAUCCAGAAUCAGUAUCUAGCAAGGCAAGACCCAUUUCUAGAUCUUUUAAAGAUAACACAAGCAAUUUUAAGACAGAAGUAGCAAAGAAGCGUUUGGUCACUGCAAAGGAAUCAGGUUCAGAAAAGAUUAAACCCAAUGUUAAAUGUCCCAUGGGCACACGAACUCUGGCUAACCCAAGCAUCACCAAAACAAAAACAUUGACUAUGCCAAGAAACACAGAUAAAAGCACAGUUGGAAUCAGUUGUACUAAACCUGUCCGUGCUCAAAGUGACACUGAUAACAAGAAACCACUGAAACCAGACAGAUCAGAGACAUUGCAUAAAAAACAAACUUUAAAUAAGGAACAAAAUAAAAAAGAACUUACUGUAAUGCAAAAAACUGUUCCUGGCAUGUAUAGGACAAAAUCAAGUCAACCAGCUUUUUCCAAAACUGAAACAGCUGGCAAAUCAAUAAAUGCUGCUUUAGCAGGUGAUAAACGUGCUGUUAUGCAGCAGCGGCGUACCACAUUUCAACUACCCCCCAAACCCACAAUUCAGGUACCAGUGCCACAGACUCUUCCACGCUCCACAAAAAGCUUUACCAUUGCCAGGGAGUCCGAACAGCCUAAGACGCCCAAAUCAACGUUCAAGCCUGACACAAAUGGGGUUCGGACUGUUCCUCUGGAUGGUAGAAAUAAACCAAAUGCUGCUCAAGAAGAGAGAUUGCGUAAACUCCAGGAGUGGAGAGAAAGAAAAGGCGUUACAUAUAAACGUCCUCCGAUGCCAGUUCAGCCGCUGAGGAGGAAGACCACUGCCCUUCCUCCACAGAGUUACUGGACUUCAAUAGAACAGGAAGAUGAGGUCCAUGGCUUUGUCUGUGCUGUUGAUCAGUCGCUAAACGAUUGCAUCAAACUUCUUCAACAGGGGUGUCCUGUAGACCAGGUGCGAGAUGUUCUGUCUCGGGUGCCAAUGGCGCAGAAAUUUGCCAAAUACUGGAUUUGCCAGGUCAGGCUGAUGGAGAGAGAAGGAAAUUUAGAUGUGCUGCCCACGUUUGAGGAGGCUGUUCGUGAAGUCAGAGAGUCUGUAGAUGAACUGCGUUCUGUGGUAUUUGAGAUCCUGAAGAAGAAAGAAUCAAAAGCUUCAUCUUUGACUCGGGCUUUAGAAGAGGAUGCUUUGGGCAGUGAGGAAACAGAGGAGCACAAGACUAACAUGUGCACCCCAAAACCUGUCGGUGCAUUGAUUCGUGGAGAGAGAGGAGAUUCAUCUGUAAUAAAAUUCAAGAUCACGAAUACUCCUGGUGGAAAAAGGAGUCAGCAGGCGGAGAAACCUGGACGUGUUAAUGGCCAUGAAAUACGUUUUUUCACUCCAGUGCGCCGCUCAAUGAGAAUUGAGAAAACUGCUUCAAAUUACCCUGCAACCCUGCAAGAGCGUGACCCCUGUGUGACCUCUAUGCAGGACCUUGUGAGAGAGCAGAGUGAGGGCACACUGGCAGUGGAUGCACCGGACUCUCCGCUCUAUGUGUACAGAGAAAAUGAAGCCCUGAAAGAACACGUGCAGGUUCAGCUUGUCUACGAGGAAUUCAGUGAGCAGUAAUAAAAACUCCUGCCAUGUU